GGACAUGAUGAUUGUCAAAGGUAUCAGGUGCUCAAUGAUAAAACAAGAGCUGCAAGUUUAAACAGGGGUGCUGUCUUGAAAUGUGAUCAGAAGGACAUUCCCCAAACCAGAUGGUACCGCUUUAUGGGAGCCUCAGGCACGGAAAUGCCAACUAAGUGCGUGCCCCAGCAGCGCUGCGGAACACACGCGCCAGGCUGGCUAAGCACUCCCCACCCCACCAGGGUUGGACAGAUUGUCAACGGGAAAGUUUGCUUUCAUUGGUCUGGAAAGUGUUGUCGUUGGUCUGCAAAUAUCCAAAUAAAGAUGUGUAACGGGUACUAUAUCUACAAGCUCACAAAAACACCGGUUUGUCAUCUUCGUUAUUGUGGAAAUGCAGGCUUUGGUAAGCUACUUAGUGUUCCUCUUCAUUAUUUAAUACUUGGUAAUGUUAGUUACGGCCCCUUACCAAAAACGGUCCCACCAUGUUAACGUGGUCAGUCGUCUUCUUAGUUACUUUUAGCCUAUUGAUCUGGUCCAGGGAAUGGAACCCUCGGCCUAAACCUCUGCAGACUACCGCUCAACCUUAUUUUCGACACCAUUCGCACUUCUACAUUUGAUUUAAAUUUACAGGGAGCUUUAGUAGCGAAGUGAGCAACGGCAGUGAAAACGUCACUAUUAUUAUUAUUAUUAUUUUUUGCGUUUUUUUAAGUUUGCCGCGAUUGUUUCAGCUCACUUUAAAUGACGCCUGCAGAAAUUCCCAGGACUUGACUUGUGGACCGAGCCCAAAUUUAGAAGGAGAAAGAAAAUAUCUCCGUGGUGUGUUUUUCUGUCCUCUAUAAAACAUGUCGUGCGGGAAUUUCUCAGUCGUUUUAGUCGUGCAGUAACAGCAAAAAAUGUAAAAAAGUGUGCUACAUGUGCAGAAUUGUUUUUUUACUUAUUAAACGUGUGCUCUUUUGACGUUUCCGUUGCCGUCGCUGUCGAAGCGCUAGGUUCAUUUGAAUAAAAGCAUUUUGAAAGAUGUCCAAAGCUAAUGCAAAGAUUAAAGGGUUUCCGUACGAUUUCCUCCAAUGAGUGCUUUACAUCUUGGUCAAUAUAUCCUAAAACUAUCAAGGCUGUUUUUUAUACUUUUAAACCAGAAAGAAUGUUAAACAAGUAUUGUUUCUUUAAAGGCGACGACGGAUGCACGAAUUAUCAACAACUAAACGACAAAACUCGGGCUGCAAGCGUCCACCGUGGCAACACUCUUAGAUGCGAUCAGAAGGACCUGGCAACUAAAUGGUACAGAUUUACCGGUGCAUCUGGAACUUUGAUGCCCACUUCGUGUGUUCCAAAACAUUACUGUGGAACACAUGCACCUGGGUGGUUGAGCGGUGCGCAUCCAACAGGAGUUGGACAAACUGUUAGCAGCAAAGUUUGUUUUCACUGGGGAGGAAGCUGUUGUCACUGGCAUACUUAUGUUCAAAUAAAGAAAUGCAAUGGUUUUUACGUCUAUAAGCUUGGAAAGACUCCUCACUGUUGGCUUCGAUAUUGCGGCAAUGCCGGAUUUGGUGAGUUGUUUUUUAAUUUUUUAGGGCAAGAAAGUGAUGUUUAUUUCUUUCUUGCUAAUGUUUUCUUCAGAAAGAAAAUGUUUGUUGUCUUUGCUUUUUGUUUGUCCCUUGCAAAGGUAACGAAAUACCACAGCCUUUCUUUGCCUUUUUUAGAGGGCCACAAGUUUAUUAUAAUUAGCCCCGGCUAUUUCGUGCUAACGCUCGUAAAAUAAAGUCUUUACUUACUUACUCUCCAAUUUUAACCAUUAUUUUUUAUAAACUAAAACUUUUGGCAAUUAAGCUACAUUUACUGUGUAUAUUUUAGGGAGAGGUAUUUCUCUCAUAUCCCCCAUAUCAUACCAAAUUUUUUGGCACCCUCCUUUUCGGCCAGAAGAAGAGAAAAUGAAAUUAUGUACCCUGUUCUAAUUAAUUAAAGCCAAAUGAUCAGCUCAAGCUACAUCAUUUAUGCACUGGUUUAACAUUUACCUUGGUAAGAAUUUUUUUUCUAUCAAAAGGAGUUUAAAAUAAUAAUAAUAAUACAGUCGAACCUCCCUAAUACGAACACCGAAGGAACAGAGCGAAGUGUCCGUAUUAGAGAGGUAUCCGUAUAAAAGAGGUCACUACGAUGACGUCACUUUUACGACUCCACUUACAGUUUCAAGUGUUCGGUAGCUAAAACCUGGCCCACACUCGUGUUUAAACUGCAUUUAAGUUUAUUAAUCACAGUACAAAGACAGUCUUUCAGUAGCAUACAACAUUGUACAUAUCAGCUACGCACGUAAAGACAAAUCACUGUUUUAAAAAGAAACGAGCUACAGCUCAAUGCUGCUUGUAAAAAGUUGUGACGUAAAUCACAAUUCUGAAUUAGCGUCUUUUGCUAUUUUGCAAGUGCAGUAAACAGUAACUAGAGUACAAAAUGUAACAGAAAAGAUCUUUAUGCUAUCUGAAGUCAUUUAAGGCUUUAACAAGUCGGUUAUGCUCCUCUGUGUACCUUUCGCAAAUCGUUGUUUGAUAUACAGCGACUGGGCUUUCGCUAAAAUAACCUUGCAUAGCUCGAUCAUCAGCCAGACGGGUUCACCUUGCGCAGAUUCACCUGAUCACCGCAGUGUCCGUGAUAAAGACGUUAAGUUUGUAUAAAUUUUCUCUCUGAGGCCGAGAUUAAGUGUUGUUCGUUGUUCGAGUCCGUAUUAUAAAAAAAAGAAAAAAAUGAGAAUUUUGUCCGUAUUAUAGAACCUCCACUCUUACUACAGAAUAAGUUUUUUUAAAAAAAAAAUUUGUUCGUUUGUCCUCAAAAAAGAGAAAAGUGAAUUUUAAAAUCGCUUAUUUUGUCGGGACAUUGUUCUGAACAAAGAGCUUUUUUUAAUAAUAUAGAGGUGUCCAAAAUUUGAAAACAAAAAUUCUAAAAGAUACAAACGGAUUGCCUGUAACAGUUAUUUCCAGUGAUUUAAAGUUAUCUUUUUGUUGAAGUGGAGGUUCCCUUUAAUAUAGAGGUUUCCAUAUUAGAGAGGUGCCCGUAUCGAGAGGUUCGACUGUAAUAAAAAAUAUAGGAUCAGUAGGAUGCAUUUGUGUCGAUAUGGUAUGACGAAUGCAGAAUGUGAGCUUUUUUUUAAAGCUUUUAAAAAAGCUUUUAAAAAAGCCUUGAAAAAUAAUUAAAGUGGGCGUAAGUGGGUUUAUUUAGAUAACGAAUGGUAAUGAUGAUGAAAAGGAUAAAAGCAAGGAUGAUGUGUGUUAUGAGAAUGAAAACAAGCCAUAAUGGGAGAUAAUGAAGUCGGUGUUGAUGAAGAUUUGAUCUGUGAUUCGGUAAAGGUAGUUUGGGACGAUGGUGUGGAUUGAACUGGGUAUUGAAUUACCUUGAACAAAUAGUACUAAGAUUUACUUAACAAGCUUUUUUACGAAAUUUGGAAAAAUUAUUAAUUGGAACCUUUUUUUUUGAAGCGCUACUCUUUGAAAACAAAAGAAACAAUAGCAGAUGGCUAACUGUUGUUAUUUAAACUAACAGCUGUUUAAUUAAAUCAAUUUUUGAACUUGGAAAUAAGGGAAUUUAGGGGAUUUAUUUUGAUAAGCCAUCACAUGGCAGUAGUAUUUAAAACUACUGCUGCCUUCAGAAAAUUCUACUACUCUCCUCAGAAAAUGUCAAGACCCCCCUCGUAAUCCUCUGCCUCCCUCUCUUCCCCUACAUAAUGAAUGAAGCCUUUCGCAAAAUUUCAUGCCCCAGUUGUUCAAAAGGUGGAUGGCACUAUGCCCCGUUUAAUUCUUCAUCCAAUGUACACUGCGUAAAUUGGUUUCUCUAAUAUUUAUCCACUGGAUAGUGAUUUAUCAGGUGGAUUACGCAAUUCAGCUUUUGAACGACUGGGACCAGGCAGUUGACGUAACAAAACGAAAAUACAUUAAACACAAAUGAAUGCUUUCCUCUAAAAUACGGCUCAAUUAAGAGAAACACAAUGUUAUUGUUUAUUCACAAAAAAUAAAGAAACCAGUUAAGUCACGUUUUACUAUAACUUUUACUGUGCCAGAUAUUUGUAAAGUGAGCAAACCUUGCAAAAAUGGUGCCACGUGCAUCCCUACCCAAGAUGGUUAUACGUGCCGCUGUAGGCCAGGCUACCAAGGAAAGAACUGCGACCAAGGUAAGAACUUGGAAGUGCAAAAGUUUAAAUACCAUCACCAUGAAAAGAACUGAAAUGCAAUUGAUCCUCGACAACUGAAAGGGUUAUGUUAGGAAAGGUCACGCUAGAUGCAUCUUCUUUGAUUUUAACGAAGAAGAAGAACUUCAAUGGCAUCGGUAUAUUAUGUGUUUUUUGUACAUGUGGUUGAUAGGCUACCAAGAAAAACGAGCAAUAUACAUGUAUGGCAUCAAGUCGCUGCAGCUAAAAAAAGGGCUGAUUUGAAACUCCUUAACUGACACAGCGGAUGAAGAAUGUUUAAGAGAAUACAGACAACAAUAAAACCGAUAAAAUGUAGAGGUGAAGUGUUUCAGAUAACAAAAUUGUGUUUGUUAAAUUUAAGAUGUAAAUGAAUGUACCAGAAGACCUUGUCGCCAUGGUGGAACGUGUGAGAAUCUUCCGGGAAGUUACAGAUGCAAAUGCAGACCAGGUUAUGUUGGAAGACACUGUGAAACUUGUGAGUAUCUUAAGCAAAGAAUCCUCCGUGUAUUGGCAAUUCGCUGUUUUCACUGUCUCGUCAUCAAAAAUAAAAAUCGAAAUCAUUCAAUACAGAAAGUCACGAAUCUGGGAAGUAAAAUAGAUAGCUUAAAUAUGCCAGAAGCCUUGCCAAAAAUCACGUAUGUGCGAUAUUUCACAUGCGAGAUACGCAGGAAAAUGUUUUAUCUAAAUUUAUUAUAAGGGUUUGUAUGGAGACGCCAUGUUGGUGUCCCUUUGAGGGGCAUUAGUAUGGCGGCCUGGAACCAACAGGAACAUCUUUUUCUGAGUUUCGUUACAUUUUAAAAACGGGACUUUACAGUUUGAGAAGAAACCUUAAGGAUUGAAUCUAGUGUUUAUUCUGAGACAAGGAAUGUUUAGAUCGCAAAAUCUCAAAAAACUGUAAGGUUUAUAACCUACAUGAGAGCUUUCCCGGCCGUCUUCUAAAUACCCCGAAAUUCAGGUGGAAAUUCGCAAAGCAAAAAACCCUUUCGAGCCAAAAAUAUGUACGAAUAAAGGUGUUAAGCUGCUGUAUAAUGCCUCAUGAAAGAGAACACUCAGAAAAAUAGAUAAUCCCCUUUGAAUUCCUAAUCCCUUGUUUUUAGAUCUAAUUUUUAAAUGUAUUUUUAUAUAAAUAAGGAUCUAACCAAAGAUGGCUCUGUUGUUGACGAUAAAGAUUUCAUCUUAAAAAAGAAGGGAAGUUACUUUUAGAUAACUAAUCUUAACAUCCUGGCCCCAGCUAUUCCAAAGGCAGAUAGAUAAAUCUGUGUCCAGACCAUAACUCAAUUGGUUUUUCUUAAUACUUAUCCACUGGAUUGGGAUUUAAUAUCAGGUGGAUAGUGCUAUUUUUUACUCUAUUCAUAAUUUAAUUUUCAGUAUCGGAUCCGUGUUCACACCAUGUCCAGCUAAAUGACAGAACAAGAGCUGCAGGGGUUCACAGGGGCAAUGUUCUUAAGUGUGACCAAAAAGAUAUGCCAGACACUAAAUGGUACAGGUUUAUUGGUUCAUCUGGAACUAUGAUGCCGACCUCCUGUGUUCCAAAGCAUUACUGCGGCACGCACGCACCUGGAUGGCUCAAUGGGGCUCAUCCCACAAGACUUGGACAAAUUGUUAACGGCCAAGUGUGUUUUCACUGGGGAGGAAGAUGCUGCAACUGGAAAGCAAACAUUCAGAUAAAGAAGUGUAACGGAUUUUAUGUAUAUAAGCUCGGAAAGACUCCUGUGUGCUGGCUUCGGUAUUGUGGCAAUGCGGGAUUCG